AUGGUCAGUAUAUAAAUGCUGAUGUGGUACCUCAUUGGCAGUCCAGAAUUGCACCAGCUCUUCUGGAGGUGAGCCGCUGAAUCACCUGUGUCUACAAUCCAUCCUACAUUUUUACAAGAUGAAAUUUGCCCUUCUUCUUUUAUUGGCGUUGGUGGUCAUCUCCCAACAAUUUUACCUUCGUCAGCCGUCUUCUCGAGUAUUUUGGGCGCCACCUUACACGUCCCCUCACGCUGCUAACAAUUACCGGCCGCUAAUAUUUAUCACGCACGAAGACUUCAAUCCCAGCUUCAUACCAACCGAAGGUCGCAAUCAUACAGACGAUGACCAAAACGAAUUUCCCGAUAUCCAAUCAAGAGUCAGAGGCUUCUCAAAUAAUCGAAUGUCUCCCCUGAAUAACCAAAAAGGGAGAUUUUUAAUCGGUGGUUUUGGAACCAAUGGCCUCACCUACAACGGUUACUACAAUACUGACAAGCGCUUUUAUAAAACAUUUACUACCUUAACCACUACAACUAGCACGUCCUUAAGCACAAUAUUCGCUACUUCGAUCAGCACUUUAGUUACCGUAUCAACCAGCACAACAAUCAGCACAUCCAUCACUUCAACCACCAGUACCAGCACAGUUGUAGUGUCCAACACAGCAACUUUGACUGUGGCUUCACUAGUUACUUGUGUUCCACAGUUCCAAGUUGUGGUAGGAGCAGUGGCUUGUGCUGCUGGACGCAGGAAACGUCAAAUCAACGAUUCUGAACAAUUCAUUAUCGCUCCUACAGAGACACUCGAGUUAACAACGACAGCUCUUCCGUCAUUAGAUGUGGAACAAUCAACAGAAUCGGAUCUACCUGUCGAGGAUGAACAAAAAAAUGUGAAUGCAUUAGCUUCGUCUAAAGAUGAAACUCAUCUCAACGAUGAGGAUAAUUUGAGAGAAAAACGUUUCUUAAAUAGAUACCAAUUUUCUACAUCUACUAGCACAUUGCUAACAACAUCUACGACGACUUCUACGUCUGUGUCAACAUCGACGUCGAUCAUAACUGUUCCCACAACAUCAGUAACUGUAUCGACAUCCAUAUUGACUUCUCUCACAACAACAACGAUGACUUCAUUUGUAUUUGUAAACCAAACAAUCACCCAAACGGUGAAUCUAAUUAAUCCAGCACCAGCUGUUCAAUGUGCUGGAGAUACGACUGGUGACAAUGUUGUAACCGGGCCAGGUGAGUGCGUACCUGUCGCAUGUCUACCAGCAGGUUUCGUCGUAUGCGCUGCUGCUGGUUAAUUGCCUUUUCUAAAACACUACAGCAACUAUUUGAAAACUAAGUUGUAUCUGC